AUGCCCAAAGCACUCUACAAAUGCCCCCUCGCCGACUCCUCCUCCCCUUCCCCUACCCCACCGCCAAGCCGUACCCGCCGACUACACCGCCGACCCCCACGCCCACACCCGACCAUCAACUGGGCCGCCGCACGCGCACAGACAUACUCCUUCCUCGCCCAGACGCUGGCAGGGCUUGCGCUCGGGUAUAUACUAUUCAUACUACCGUACGCGUGGGAGCGUGUGCCGGACUGGCAGGGGCUUGUGUGUCCGGCGCCGGGGGUGCGGAGGGUGGUGUGUAUUGAGCCGGGGCGGGCGUGGGCAGGGCCGGAGAAGGUGAAGUGGGAGGAUAGUGAGGAGGGUGCUGUUUGGUGA